AUGGGCAACAACCCCUCCUCGUCCUCCAAGCCUGCCACGCCUGUCUCAUCCGCCCCAGCGUCGCAGGACUCACCCAAGCACCAUCACCACAAGCGGGAGUCCAAACACAUCAUCCCCCCGCGCUCCGCCGAGCGAGUCGCUGCUCCGCCUGAGCCCUCCCUUACUCAAGCCCAGGGCUCCACGGUCACCAAGGCCAACAAGCCCCUCCAGUCCAUUCCCAUCUCCAGCUUCACCACCGGCUCUCCAUCCUCGAACUCGAGUACUUCCGUUCCCCAGCCGAAGCCACCGGAAAGCAAGCACAUCAUCCGCGAUGAGCCCAGCAAGCCCGUAGACGUCCCAAGCGCACCGACCGAAUCCUCCUCCCUGAGGUCGCAUUACUCCGCCCACAUGAUUGAACCAGCUUUGGUCUCCAACAACAGUGUCAAUGACAUGUCGUACAUAACCCGCCCUCCUCGUCUGCCUCUGCCUAUCGAGGAGGAAAUACACACUCCCGGCUCGCCCAUCAUCGCACCUGCGGACAAUGGCGAGGCCUCCGUGACGGAGGUGGAAGCCCUCGAUUCGGAUGGCAUGACGAGGAAGUCGUCGGCGCUGAGCACGACCACUGUCGAUGAGGAGGAUGGCGAGGAGUUGAUUGUUGACAAGACAAGGCCCACUGUGCCGACCCGCCUUGAAUGGCGCAGAGGAGGAGGAAAGAUCUAUGUUACGGGAACAAUCUUCCAGUGGAACCGGAAACAAAGAUUACAUCCCGUGGACGGCCAACCUGGCGUAUUCGCGGGCACGAUACACAUUCUUCCGGGUACACACCAUGUUAGGUUCUUGGUGGACGGAAUCAUGCAGACCUCGCCCGACUUGCCGACUACUGUGGACUUUGGAAACAACCUGGUCAACUUCAUUGAAGUCAGCGCCGACGACCUCCCCGCCAAGGCUCCCGUGGUGCCGGGACCCGUCCCCGCGCCCGGUACAGUGGCCAGCGACCAGAGCGCACCCAAGGGCGAGGCAGCGCAGGGCGAAGAACAGCCGAAACCCCCCAAGGGCAAGGAGGUGCCGUCGCCAAGUCAAUACUUCCACCAAAUACCCAAGUACCUGGUCGACUUUGACCAACCUGAAGAUUCGCCAGCCUACCAGUAUGCUGUGACAGCAAUUGAGAAGCUGCCAACGCCCCCCAGUCUUCCGGGUUUCCUGGGCAAGCCUAUAUUGAACGCCGCGGUCCUCAUGAAGGACGACAACAGCGUGCUCAACAUGCCCAACCACACUGUCCUGAACCAUCUGGCCACGAGCAGCAUCAAGAACAACAUCUUGGCAGUCUCAGCAACGACUCGUUACAAGAACAAGUACGUAACGACAAUCAUUUACAAACCCACAACAACAGACGAAUAG